GGAUGGAUCACUUUUUUGGAUAUUCCGUGCGAUGGACCCAGUUUAGAGGGAUUUUCUUUUCUUUCGGAGAAGCCACACACACACACACGCACCAUGUCCGAAAAAAUCACGCCUACCGAAGAAGAACUUGUGAAAGCCAUUACUCAAAUCAAGUUGGACAAUCCUGACUUGGGCAUCAAGCGAGUAGCGGUCAAAUUAACCGAAGACCAGCCCACUUGGCAGGUGUCCGAGAAACGAGUCAAGAAAAUGAUGCAAACUCACGGUUUGGUCCAAACGGCUGAACCGGUGAAAAGCGGUGUCGAAGACGAUCCUUCCGUACCGGUAUCAUUUAUCGAUCCCAAGCUCGAUAUCAAGUCCGUUUCCGAUAAAGUUGUGGCUAAAAUGAUCGACAAAGUCACUGGUAAAGGUCUGGUGGCAGCGAGAGAUAUUGCCAAGGACGAAACGAUCUUUACCGAGACGCCCUUUGUCUACUUCCCGCCGUGGGAAGGCUUUUCUUUGGCCCGUACAGGAGACGCUUGUGGCCUGUGUGCUAAACCAUUUGCUCGCGUUCAUCGACUCAUGGCACGUUGCUCUCACUGCGAUAUGAACUACUGCAGCAAAACGUGUAAAGCAACUGCCUGGGAGACUUUCCAUCAACUGGAGUGCGCCAACUUGAAUCCCGCUAUUCUCGAUCUCAUGAACUUCUGUCAAGCCGAAUCGUGGUCCGGUCCUAUGGCCGUAUCACGCAUGUACGCUCACAUCAUCUUGGCCCAUCAACGGGGCGAUAUGCAAGCUGUCAUGGCUCACUAUGAUGCAUUCGCAACAGUUAAUCAAGCGGAACGUCAAGCCAAGGAAACCGAAUGGAUUUUCAUGGAACAUCCCACGCGAGAGCUCUGGGCUAAAGCACGACAAAUGCUUAGCAAAGCGUACCGAUCUCCUCCUAAAAAAUGCAAGAUUACCCAACCUCUUCCCGAGGACGUGGCCACUAAAUUAUUUGACGAUGAAAAUACCUUUUUGAAUUACCUCGGCAAAUUCAACAUCAACAACCAAAACGGCGGCAUGUACCUUGUUCAAUCGCAUAUCAAUCACAACUGUGCGCCCAAUGUGUGUAUCGAGCAUCCAUUCCACGCUACCCAGUAUAAACUCGCUGUCAGAGCGAUUCGAGACAUCAAACAAGGCGAGCAAUUGUUUGAAACCUACGUCAAUCCCCGCUGGAAUAAGGAGACGCGUAUCAACUACCUCGACAAGACUUACAUGUUCAAAUGCAACUGCGCUCGUUGUGAAAAGGAUGAGCCACUCACGGAUGAAUUGCGACGUGGACUCCGAUUGCGUCCUGAAUAAACGACGCCUUUGUUCAUAUCAAAGAGUAAAAGAGAGGAGGAACAAAAAAAGGAAGAGACGAGGGUCGUCCUGAACAACUAAAUUGUAUUCAUAGAAAUCAUACAGAUAAGCAAUAGAGAGUUGUCUCAUAGAAGUCAUUGUGUUAUAUAUUAUAUAAAUGACCUGCAUUACCGUAUAACC